CAUAAAAUUUUCUUGAAAUUAGACACACGACCAAGAGAAGAAAAAUAAACAUACAAAAAUAAUACGGGAGUUUUAUAAUUUCGAAAGCAUUUUUUCAAUACAAAAAUUCUUUAUAAUUUUUUUAGUUCUUUUAAUUUUAUUAUUGUACAAUAACCUAAAAACAACCAGUUUAAUUAUAAAAUAAAGUAAGAAGUCCUCAUUACUAAGGUUAAACGUUAAAAGAAAACGAAUUAAGAAAAAAACUAGAACAAAAAAGUUGACGCCAUUUUGGUGUAUGUGUUGGAGACCUUAUAAAGUGAAAAAAAUAGAAAAUCAAGAAAAAAGUGCGUGUAUGUGUUGUGUAUGUGAAUUGUGAAAAAAAUAGCAAAAUAAAUCUAUAUUUUCAGAAAGAUUUUCAUAAAUUAAUAACUAAAACCUAGCAAAAAGUUAAAAGUAAAAUAAAUUGUAUGUGUUGAAAAAAGUAAAAAAUAGAAGAAGAAGCGAAAAGUAGUUGAAAACAAUGGCAAAGGUUUAUGAAAAAUCCAUUUCUCAACUUAGCAACAAUUCCCUAUUGCAACAACAACAGCAGCAGCAUCAUCUAACACAGCAACAGCCCUCUUCUUUAUCUUCGUCAUCUGUGCUAUUGCAACAACAACAAUCUGUGUUAAGCAACAUACAACAACAGCAGCAACAACAAAAACCAAAUAAUAAUAACAAUGCCCUUGCAAAUGCAAACAAUUUUAUAGGUGGUUUUAGUUCUUUCGAUAGUGAUUCUUUACCCGAUUAUUCUGAAUUCGAUUCAGAAUCGGUAACAUUGGAUUAUUUCAAGGAAAGUUUUAAAUACAAAUUCCAAAGCUUAAAGUGUUCAAAAGUGCAUUGAAAAGAGCCGUAAAGUUUAAAUAAAUUAUUCCCUACAAAUACUAAUAAACAAUUAAAACUGCAGCUACAAAAAAGCAUAAUAUAAUAAAAAACCCAAUUAAAAGAUACUUUUUACAAAAAAUGAAACUAAAAAUAAAAACUUUAUCAAAUAAUUAACAACAUAUUGAUUGAUGGCAUUCCCUUGCAAUACACACAAAACGUUAAAAAUAAUAUUUUAAUAAAAGACUUUUUUUCCAAACUAACGCUAAACUUUUUUGAUAAACAAAUAAAAAAAAAACAAAAGCAUUUUUUUGUAAAAUACAACAAAUUAACCAAAUAAGCAAUUAAGUUUUACAUAUUCAAUAAUAAGUUUAAAAUAAACAAAAUAAAAUAAAUUUUUUAUAACUCAAUUAAAUAAAUUUAAAACUACAAACAUUAUUUUACAAACUGUUCACGACGUCCAUCACCAUCGAAAAUGGCGCCCACAACGACUAUCGAGACCAUAACAAUCACCAGACCUUUAAAGGUCAUUGCAUUUAUUUGUGGUGUUAUAGUUGUUCUACUCAUGAUUAUGGCAUUGGCUUCCACCGAUUGGCUAAUGGCUGAAGGUUGGCGUCAAGGCCUCUUUGUACACUGCAUUGAAGAAGAUGUAUUGCCACCACUUCCAUUCAAUUUACAUGAUCCUCCAGGCUGUUAUCCCAGUCGUGAUGUCUUUUAUAUUAGAGCAACUGCUGUUCUGUGUGUCAUAACAUUAAUUACGGAUGUUGUUGCAACAAUACUAACAGGACUUGGUUUAAAAACACAAAACCACAAUUUAAAAUAUAAAUUUUAUAGAAUUGCGGUAUUAGUAAUGUUAUUAUCAUUAUUAGCUGUUUUAUCGGCCUUAAUUAUUUAUCCUGUAUGUUUUGCCGGUGAAUUAAAUCUGGCAAAUCGACCAAUUUGGGAAUUUGGUUGGGCCUAUGGCGUAGGCUGGGGUGCAGCUAUUUUCCUAUUUGGAGCUGUUGUUCUAUUAUUAUGCGAUAAAGAAUCAGAAGAAAUUUACUAUAAGGAAAGAAAAAUUGUACAUGAAAACCAAAUGCGCGCCUAGGCCAGGCCGCACGACCUGCCUGACGUCGUUCUUUAGACAUAUAAGUAUACUUUUUGAAUUGAAAACGAAACAAUUUUAUUUAUUAUAAUUAUUAUCAGUUAUUUUACUCUUACUUUUUGUACUACCCUAAACCAAAACAAACUUCCCACUCCCAUAAUGUUGAACUUAUAUCCCCACAUUACUACAUAUUUUCAUAUACACACAAUCUUUCUUCCCCCACCCCAAUUCCAUGGAAAUCUAUUAGUUUGAGAAAGACUUAAGAAAACGCAAAAAAAGAACACACUACUCCCUCUAUUAACUCGUACAUACGCGCAUUAUAAAAUGGAAUAAAGUAAAGAAAACGAAGGAAAAAACCAUAAAAACAUAUUUAACAUCAUAGACAUUUAGAAUUGCAUAUAUUACUAUAUACUAAUGAAAAACAAAUUAUUAACAAAAAAACCAAACAAACAAAAUCAUAUGAAUCGUAUACAAAACAUAUAUAAAAAUCGUAUAUAUACAUUAACAUAUAUAUAGAAAUAUAUAGAGCACAUAUUUAUUUAGAAUUUAUUUUUGAAAAAUUCCCUUUUUUGGUUUUUAAUAAAUGUUUGUUGUGCCCCAUAUUUAGUUGGUUUUUCAAACCUUAACGCUAUAAAAUAUUUUAAUUUUGAGUUUAAUUUUUUAGAUGCGAUACAUUCAAAACAAAACCUAUAAUCCUCGUUACAUAUUUAUAUAGAAAAAAACGUAUAAAACAUUUAACAUACAUAUAGAAAUCUUGUCAAAAUAUGUAAUUGCUUGAUAGUUUCUUAAUUUUUUUUCACUUGUUUUGUUAAUUUUUAGAAAAUUUCCUUUAAUUAUUUUCUCAAAAUUACCACAAACAACAAAAAUGUUUACUAUAAAUAUUUGGCUAAUAUUCCAUGUAGUUUAUAUGUGUGUAAUUGUGUAAAAGAAAAUUUUAUUAGACAAAAUCCGU